AUGUCGACAAGAAGUGUCCUUUUUGCAGGCCUCGAGCUCUUGGUGGUGGUCUGCUCUGCGCAAAAGAACGAGUUCUUCCGGUGGAACACACCGAGGGCAGCUGGCCUGGAAGGACCAUCCCUCGAUCGUCGUCAGACAACACCUCCUGGCUAUCAUCCCGAGUUUGGCUCAUGCGGUAGCGGUACAACUUGCGAAAAUGCCUGCGGUGCAAACUGGCUGUCGUGCAGGGCGUCGACGGAGCUGUCGUUGUUCUGCUACAACCAAGUGGAUCUAGGUCAAAGCUGUUGUGAGAAUGGUUCAGGGCGUGCCUGUGACCGUGGAUACUAUUGCGCAUGGAAAGAACUCGGCGGAAGAGUAUGGUGCUGUGAAGAUGGCCAAAGUCUGGAAGAAUGCGGUGUGGGCGGAGGGACCACGUCUGCACCCCCUUCAUCCUCCACGGCAACCACCUCGGCGGGCCCAAGCGGCUCAACAGACACCACAACCACACCAACGGACACAGAGAGCGACUUUCCUACCGCAACAGACAGUCAGUGUGCCCCCUCCACCGUCACCUCAAGGGAAACAACCACCGUGGUCUCAACCUUUGAAGUGACCGUCACUGUUGGGACUGGCGAGUGCAACACGGCAUCAACUGUGACUUCCCCCCCAGGCAGCUCAUCCUGGACCGACACCACGAUAACGAAGCCACCAACAUCCCAAACAACUCACAGACCUACGAACUCAACGACGACCUCGCCUAUCGUCACCGCAGGCAGCAGUGAUUUGAGAGUCAAUCUUGGCUCAUUGGCACUUUUUGUGCUCGGAGUGAUGCUGUACUAA